AUGGCAUGGGCUCACAGGUGGUGGAAGGCAAACGCCUUCCUGGUGGUAUCAGCGCUGCGAUUUCUAUUCGGUGCACAGGCAGUUAUUUUUGCCGACCGUGCUUCAUCAUCGAAUCGUGAUUGCCGGAACCGGGAGGGACGUCCUCUUAUCGUCGGGACACGAUGGAGAAGAAUUUUCAAUUUCGCAGCUGCAAGCGAAGGUGCUGCCUGUAGGCUUUUUACGAUGACGGUCGUACUGCUAUCAUCAUGCGUCGGAUUCGGCACUUAUUGGCAUUGGUCUGAUGAAAUGGCGUUGACAAAUGGCGUAAUUGCAUCGUCCAAUUGCCACAACCAGAACUGUGCUAAAUCAAAGCGUGCCUUCAGCAUGGAAGUGAUCGGUGGAUUUGCAUUACCACUGCUAGUGACCGUUAGCAUUUAUCUUUACCGCUGGAAUAAUCGACCGUUGAUUCGGAGCCUUAAUCGCAAUUCCGAAACUAUCUACCACAGUCAGCAAAAUUAUCGGAACGACCAACGGCGCGAUAAUUCCUGGAAGCUGUACAUUCGACUCGUCACCAAGCAGGUGUUUGAAGUGGUGUCCCUGGGGGUCCUGUGGUUAAAUCUCAGACCCUUUAGUCACAUAAAACAGGACGGUGAUGAUGGGGAUUACCAUGUAGGCAAAUUAAUUUCAUCGAUGGCAUCGAUGCUUCCGGCCACCGUCUGCCUACUGGUGUCAAUCGAAAUGGGUAUUAAUUUUUCAUCAUUGGCCCGCAGAUUAAGCACCUUAAAUGUGUCCCUGAACUAUUUCGUCCGUUGCAUUUGCGUCAGCGAUGAUAGAAUCAACAAGAGUUUAUCGUGUAAACCAAAUAAACGUAGUUAUUUGCGCCAUCUAGUCUUACAGUACGAUGCACUUGGUCAAUAUACAGUAGAUGUGGUACAGUUUUAUGCUCCAAUCCUACUUAGUAUUGUUGGAAUGCAUUUUGUACUCCUCACUAUGCAGCUGUUUCUUUGCUAUCGACAAAUGUCACGCACAACGAGCGAUUCAAUGAAUAUUAACCAACUCGGUCAAACGCUGUUACCAAUGUUGUCAGCGAUCACCAGUGCAGGACAGAUUAUGUUUCUCGUUGAUAUAGCAGCGGAUUUCAACCGAAAACUUGACGAUGAAACAGUAGCAAUUUUGGGGCGUUUAUCUUCAGCCACGCAUCGUAAAGAUCGAAACAUGAUAUCAACGUAUGACACCAGGGAAUUAGAUAAAUGUGUUACAACAAUAUCCUUAAUUGUGAACAGAAUUCGAGAUGGGACAAUGUUGUAUGGCUACUUCGAUGUAGACCGCAGUCUCGUUAUGACGAUUGUUGCUUCGACUUGUUCGUAUUUAAUCGUGCUAAUGCAAGUGAUGUAA